UGUCUGCAGGGACCUUUAACACCAUGGUGCAACACCAGUUCACAGACUGGCUUGAAUUAAUCUAUGUAUAAUCAUUUUUAGAAUAAAAGUAGAAAAAAUAUAUUUUAUAAUUCUAAAUACAAAUAAAUUAGCCCUUGUAGUUAAUAUAACUUGGUGUACUCCCAAGCAGAUAAACAGACUCUACUACAGCAGAAAACAUGCUGGUAGAAAAAAAACUACAGCGUGAAUCCGGAAAAGGAAGAGGAAAUGUUUUGUGCAGAGGUCACCGGGACCUCGCGGUGGCAGCCGGGACGUCGGCGGACUGUGAGCCUGCCUGAGGAGAGCUGCGUGUCCCCAGUGUCCGCUCCGGUCGCCCGGUCAGGAAUGCGCCUCACGAAGCCGCUGUGCGGUGUAAUGUUUGAUGAGACGCCAGCGGGGAGUGAAGUCUGAGAAGAGUCAUGGUUUGGCUUUGUUUACACUGCUAGUAUCGUAGCAGGUUUGAUCCGCUGAGCUGACGGUGCUCCACAGCACGCUCAGGUCGAUAGCUUCAGUCUGCAGCACACCUGCUAAGUUAGCUGCUAGGAAGCUAGUUCGAGAUCCGACAGGAGAGCCGGACUGACUGCUGAGCCCGGCCGGUGCGCCGGACAGAGGAGGUGGUGGCAGGCGGGGGCCGGGACAACACGACGGGGUGGAAGUGAGUCAGGAGCGGCUGAUGAGUUCAGACCAGAGCGGAGAGCCGCCGCUGCUGCAGGAGGAGGAGGCCGAGCCGGGACCGAGGACCGGCGGGAAGGACGAGACUCCGCCGGGGAACGAGGGAGGGUCCGGCGGCAUGGUCACCUCUAAGGGCGCCGGUUUGAACCCAAAUGCCAAGGUGUGGCAGGAGAUGCCCGUGGCCCCCAGCGAGGCUGUUACCAACAGUCCUCAUUGGCCCCCCUCAGACAUCAGCGAGGGUUAUUCUGAGCCGUCGUCUGCUGGGUGCAAGCAGUACACUGUGGGAUUCACGGCCCUGGAUGACAGCAGCUCCACAGCAACAGCUGAGAUAGCAGUAAAUGGAAUGGACCCUCCAGAGUUGGGCUUUUCCCCCGCUGAGUCCACCACAGGGACCUCAGUGGAUUCCAAAACUGAAGAACAGCCGAUCUCUUCUGAGAAUCUACGCGAGUCUCUAAAGAAAGAACUGGAGUUUUAUUUCUCAAGAGAAAACCUCUCGAAGGAUUUGUACCUGAUGUCUCAGAUGGACAGCGACCAGUUUGUCCCCAUUUGGACCAUCGCCAGCAUGGAGGGCAUCAAGGUCCUCACCACUGACAUGGACCUCAUCCUGGAUGUGCUGAGAUCUUCUCCCAUGGUACAAGUGGAUGAGAAAGGGGAGAAAGUGCGUCCUAAUCACAAGCGGUGCAUUAUCAUCCUGCGGGAGGUCCCUGAAACCACACCUGUUGAGGAAGUGGAGUCACUGUUCAAAAAUGACAACUGUCCAAAGGUGAUAAGUGUCGAGUUUGCACACAACAACAACUGGUACAUCACAUUCCAAUCAGACACGGAUGCUCAACAGGCAUACAAAUACUUGAGAGAGGAAGUGAAAACAUUUCAGGGAAAACCCAUCAUGGCCAGGAUAAAGGCCAUCAACACAUUCUUUGCAAAGAAUGGCUACCGUAGCAUGGACAGCAGCCUGUACGCCCAGCAGUCCCAGAGCCAGUCCCAGUACAGUUCCCCACUCUACAUGCAGCAUGUUUACCCCCAGCAGCAGUACCCAGUCUACGGCAUCGUACCUCCCACCUGGACGCCUUCGCCCACACCGUAUUUUGAAACUCCUCUGGCACCGUUUCCCAACAGCAGCUUUGUGAAUGGCUUCGGCUCUGCUGGACACUACAAAACUGGCUCCGGUUCUCUUAAUAUCACUCGCCCAUUCAAUAGAAACCGUGUCCCUCUCUAUUCAAGAAAGAAUGUAAUAAAUGCCUUCAGAAACCACGUGAAGCCCCAGGGGAGGACAAACGAGGUGACUUCAGCAUCUAUAACUCCUGUCCCCUUGGAGAGUCUGACUGGACUGCGUGGCCCGCAGCCCCCCACUCCUGUUGCAGCCACCACCACUAACUCAGUCCAGACUGCCUCUGACCUGAACUCGGCGUUCUCACAUCUCUCCUCCUCCUCCUCAUCCUUGGACCCCAGCGAUGACAGCGGCAUGGCUGGACGUGGAAGACGGAGCACAACUUACAGAGGAACACGGAGGAGGCGAGAAGAUGAACGGAUUACGAGGCCUGUACCGCUAGCAGAGGUCAAGGUUUCUCCUCCCAAGUUUGACUUGGCUGCUACCAAUUUCCCCCCUCUUCCCGGUUGCGUGGUCAGCACACAAGGAGAGCCAGUGCUAGAAAACCGAAUGUCAGAUGUUGUACGCGGUUUGUACAGGGACAAGACAGAACAAGCCAAUAAAGAAGCCACUGUGAGUCCAGCUUCAGGCCAAGCCCCGGUCACAGAGGAGGCUGUGGCUGUCUCAAGUCCUGCCCUGGCAGCACCGAAACCUGCUACACAACCACUCGGACCCUCGGCCCCUGGUAUCACUCGUCAGGAGAAGAGGGUUGAACGGGCAGAGCCCCCAGUUCCAAAAGCGACCCCACGUGCACCUGUUCAAACUACCAUCAACCCCUCCUCCUCUUCUUCCUCCUCAUCCUCCUCCUCCACACAGCCUGUGCCUAGCUCCAGGCCUCAGCCCUCUGCUGCCUCCACGCCAGCGACACCUAGCACGCCGGCCCCUGCUCCAGCCACUAUUCCCACGCCUGCACAGGAGCCCCGUAAGCUCAGCUACGCCGAGGUAUGCCAACGGCCACCCAAGGAUCCCCCCCCUGCAGCCCCCGCAGCCCCCGCAGCCCCUGCACCAGCUUCCUCCGGCACUGCAUCAGGCCAGCCGUUACGCGAGUUGCGCGUCAACAAGGCCGAGGAGCCGGGCUCCAGCGGUGGUCCUGGAGACAAGCAAGAGAAAAGCCACGACAGGGAGGGCGGAUGGGAAUGCAAGGAGAGCCGGCCACCGCGUGAACGUGACUCUCAAGGCUACCACCGCAGCAAUGGCCCCAGAGGCACUGGGGGCCUCAAGUUCCGGGACCAGAGGCGGCCGCCUAUGGCCCGACGCAGCUCCCCGCAGGGAGGCUACAGGCACACUGGCAAAGAGCAGAAUAUCCCACCAGUAUCGCCAAAGUAAAAACUUGAUAAGAAUAGAAAAAAGAUGUAUGAAUAUAUACAUGGAUAUAUAUAAUUAUAUAAAAAUGAAUAACAUAAAAGCAACAACAUUAUGGUAGCCACCUUCCCUCCUGGGACUUGUCCACAGAAAAGCUUUUAAAAUGACGAUAGGACCGGGACAUCCAGGACUAAUGGGCAAAAUGACACCUGAAGAACUUUUAACGAGUGAUUUGAAAAGGAAACAAAAAUCUUGUUUUUGGCCUCCGGCGUUAUGCUUAAAAGAAUUUAAGUGCAAUUUAUCUGGAGGCCGUCUCAUUUACGCUCUGCUAGGGAAGAGGUGGGAUCCUGGGCCGCGUAAAAGGCCCUCUACCUUUUUUUUUUUUUUUUUUUUUUUCAUUUUUUUCUUUUGGAUUUAAGAAUAGAUGUUGGUCUGCAAGAACAAUAUGCACUAAGAAGAAAAGAACAUGCAUAUAUGUCAUGUACAUAUACAAAGAUAUCACUAACACGCAAUGAGAUCAGUUUUUUUUUUUUUCCUUGUGUGCUUAGGUUUGCAAGUAUGACUGAAGGGGUUGACUGAUGUCUGUGUAUGCAUUGAUUGUUAAACAAAAUGAUUGAAGUGCUCCAGUAAUGCUGUUGCACUGACAUAAUGAAAUGGAUGAUUUUUUUUUUGAUUUUUACAUCAGAGAUUCAGAAUCGCUGUCCUGAAACGCGGACAGUGAGGUCUUCUAAUGUAUAUUAAUGAAAUGUGUUCUAUGGUGGUAUUUUGAUCCUGGUUCAUCAUUUGGCUUAAAUUGUAUCAGUCAGAUAUCAGAAACUGUUGAUGUACGCCGCAGUCAAGGUGUGUGGUUUUUUUUUUUUUUGUUUUGUUUGAAGCCCGAAAAAUCCACUUUGGGGUGCUCACUGGCCCGUCGGCCACGGUGAACCUGCUAGCCUGGUCCAAAGUUUUUCAUGUUAAGUUUUAUCUCUUAUCUUUCUGAAACGUUUUUGGAUCCACCCAACUCCAGUGGAUUCAUCGUCAUGUUUGAUAAUCAGUCAGGUUCUCUGUUUACAUGUUUGUUUGGGUAGUAGGGUGACGUUUUCCAUGGGAGAGAAGAAAAGAAAAAAAAAAAAGAAUAGUUUAAUGGUAAGAUUUGACUGUUCAGCGCGCCUGAUGGUUUUAGGUUUGGCUUUUCUACAUCAUCACAGGAUAUCCAGGUUAAGCUUAUAUCUGUGAAUUGUUCUUAACAAUGGCAUAGUGUCAAAAAUAGACUGAAGAGUGCUGUUAGCUAAGGAUGAUAGCUACAUAAUAAUUGGCAGCCAAGUCGUGGGUAUAAAGAAAAUUGGGACAUUUUCACGUGCUAUGUGCCAGCUGCCUACGAUCAUAGUGUGCUAGGAUAAAGUUUUGAUUUUUAUUGACGAGGUCUGCUAAAUAAUGUAGUCUUGGGGAAACUUUUGGCCCAGUGAAACUGGAUUUUGAAGAAACUGUAGAGGUGUAGUUGCCUAUGCUAUCUCGUAAUAACCCUUCACUAGAAACGUGUGUGGGAGAAUGUAAUUGUUCUAGUACUGAAUUUACAGAGGGAGGCUUUUGACAGCAGGCAUCCACCAGAUUGUUUUGUGCUUUUAGGGUGAGUUUGCUGUUUUAUUUUUUUUUUUUGUCUUUGUUUUUUUUUCUUUUCUUUCCUUUUUUUUUUUUUUUUUUUUUUAAAUUUGAAAAACAAAACAGGUUGACUUAGAAUUUGAAGUUUGACUCACUGUAUGUAUUGCUUUUUAAAUUUAUUUAUUUUAAUUCUGAUGCGCAACGCUUUUCUCCCAAUCUUGGUAGGCUGGUUUCCCCAAAGUUGUGUGAAAUCGCAUUGGCAAAAUAAAAAAAAUUACGCAUAUGACAUUUAUAUACUGUUCGAGAUGUCAGCUGAGAGAAAAUACUUGAUGCAUUGACUUUGGGUUUAGUAAUGCAGUAAAAUGAGUAACCAAUCACUGGGGCUGUUAUUUCUUUUUUUUCAUUAAUGAGUAUGAGCAGCUAGUGAUUUAGUAUAAUUAAAGAAAUGCACUAACUUGUUUUUAAAAAAAUAAUCUUACUCAUGAGUAAUGUGAAAUCAUUUUAGAAGCAUAUGGUUGAUGUUGACAGGCUUGCAAAUACCUACAGGAAUUGCCCCCCCUCCCCUCCCCUCCCCUCCCCCCAAUAUGUUUGGGUUAUUUUCUGUUUAAUUUGGGUUGGGGUGGCAAAAAGGAAAUAUAGUAAUUGAUCAACCAAGUGUUUGAGACACAAUCCUAGAACUGUAUGAAAUGUCACCAAAAAUAAAUUAUUUUGAUUUGGC